AUGCCUGGAACCAUCAGAUCAGUGUCUCUUACGUGGGUGGUUUUGUUGGUGUGUCUGUCCAGCAGACGGACCAGCGUGGGUGCAGCACCCAUCUGUACAAAUGGCCAGGUUGGAUGCCACGUCCUGUCUCUGGAUAACCUGUUUGACCGGGUCAUCCAACACUCAGCCAGGAUGCACAGCAUUUCAAGUGACCUUCACUCCGAGUUUGAGCAGUACUUCCUGCCUAGUAAGAAUCAAAUUGGCCGGGUGGGUCGCAUCUGUCACACCUCUACCAUCAUCACGCCAAAUGGCAAGGAGAACGCUCAGAGAAUGGCGAGAGAGCAGCUGACGGAGGUGAUUCUGAAGCUCCUGAUUGCAUGGAGGGAUCCUUUGUGGCAUUUCCAUCAGAGCAUGGCUCACCACCACGACUUCAACAACUUCAGCUCCAACAAAGCUCUCGAGAUGAAUGACAUGGUGCACGAGCUACGCCAAGGUGUAGAGAAAGUGGCUGAGAAGAUGCAGGUGCUGGGGAUAAUCAGUAACUCUGUCACCAGCCUGGCUUCUCCCGAGGUUUUGUUGCCAUCGGACAGUGCCGAUUGGCGGCUGAUGAAAGACUAUGACCUGCUCUACUGCUUUCGCCGAGACUCCAACAAGGUCCAGAACUACCUGAAGAUCCUCAAGUGUCGCAUAGUUCCCGAUCAUGGUUGCUAG